AUGUUAAAAGCAAACUCCGCCAAUCGUGGAUUGCUGUUUGUGUUGGUCGUUGUGAUGGCUCUCGCAAUGGCUGGUACAGUGUUGGCAGAUUCGAAUGAGCCAUUGUUUGUUCCUCAUGAAGAUUUAUUGAUGAUUAGACAUUUGACAGCUUCGAUGAGAAAACAUUUGAAACACAAAAUGAAAGACUCUUUUGCAGAUUAUAAAACCAUUGAAGCAGAUUUCAAAUUUUCACAAAACUUAAAACCACUUUUACCACAUGUGAAAAGUAUUAUCGGAACUCUGUCAACAACAACACUCUCCAAAAACAAUACCACUUUGAGCUCAACAAGAAUUAAAUUAUCUCAAUCAUUAAAAGCUCAAUUAAAGUCUCUCCUCAACAGUAACAUUAAAAUACGAGAACUUAUUGAAAAUUAUAUCACAGAUUUGACCAUGGAAGGAAAGAUGAUUCAAUGGAGUGAAAAAGAUUUGUCGAAAAUUUUCUUGAAAUUAUGUCAAAGAGCUCAUCAAUGGUCGGUGAAAAAUGGAAAAUUGAAUGUUGAAGAAAGUAUUCGUGAUUCAGAUCGAUCGUAUUGGAGAGAGGUCAUACAAAUGGUUAAAGAGAUUGCAGGAUCUAGUCCUACUAAGGAUGGACAAAUGGUCGACGUGAAUUAUUGGAGAAGUGUUUCCAAAAUGAUGAAAGAAUUUGCUAAAUCUAGAGGAUUACAAACUACAACAAGUCCUGAUAAGAAUUAUUGGAGACAAAUUGCAUCUCUGAUCAAGGAGUUUGGUGGAAAUUCACAAAAAUUCAAUACUUCUUCAACAAACUCUCAACCAAACGAAGAGGAUGUAAAAUAUUGGAGACAAGUCAUUGCCAUGACCAAAGAUUUAUUUAUCUCCAAACCAACUUCUUCAGAAAGCGUAUCCAAUCAAGAAUACUGGAGAAGCAUAACAAAGCUCAUUAAGGAGUUUGGUGACAAGAAUUUAAAGCACAACAACACUCAAUACUGGAGAAGAGUUCUCAACAUGACCAAACAAGUGGCUCGUAAAAAGAAUGCAAAAUUCCAAUCUGAAGUGAAUUAUUGGAAGCGCGUCUCACAAAUGAUUAAGCAAUUUUCCAAAACUCAAAACAAGCGUCGAUAUAGAUCUAAAAAAUUACCAAGACGUUUAUGGAAGAAGAUUGCGCAAGAAGUGGACAAGCUUGUGGAUCUUAUUGUUAAAUAA